GAUAUGAUGUCGUACUGAUAGUCAUGGCAUUGCAUUGUAUAAAAAAAACUGUCUCGCUGAGCCUCAGCAAAACAGCUUUCAUUUAAAUUACUCUGAUUAUUUGGUGUUGAAAAUGCGAAUAUUCUUAUAGGUAACCAUUUGAUACAACUAAAUCAAAUCGUAGGUUAAUAGUAGAGGCUUUUGUGAACGGGUUUGUGAUUACAGCAGAUCUGCUCAGUUUCCCUGUGCCCACGUCUAACUACAAGGAUUUAACAAUCCUACGAACUGAGUUCCGUAUUUUAUUCCGUAGGACCUCCAGUGCCUGAAGUAAGAGAGGGCACCUCGCACAGUAGCGGCUUGGUCCAACUUGCGUAUAGAAAUUCACUGCAAAGAGGGUUAGAGAUUCACAUAUAAUGACACACCAGUAUAUUUUCUUAGGUAAUACUGAGGAGGCGUACGAUUAAGGCGAGGCAUGGAGUUCUUUCUACGCUUGCCAUUCGCUAAUAUCAUAUUGCUUCUACUGUAGCACUGGCAUCAAGGACUAUUACUUGUAGAGGCACGCCAACAGCGCUAGCUGGUAGUUAAUUCUCUUCUAGGAAACCUUUGGGUGCUGCUAGAACAAUUGACAAGAGCAACACUUUUUCUCGACUUGAAAGAUGGGACAAUAGUAAGAAGCGGCUCAAUCUGCUUGGGGCCCUUUCAUACUCUCACGGGCAGAUUCUUAACAGCUCGUGGGAAUAGGGAAAAAGCUAGCGACGAAGCGUUCAAACGGUGGAACCGUCCAUACCAUGUACUUGUUUAAAAUAAGGAUGCUUCCUCUUGGUUUUGAUCCAGCCAUUAUAUCUAAUGUUGGUCCUUCUAUUUGGUAACAUACCAUCAUAGUCGUGUAAAAUAUGCCUAUAAUAGACAUAACUAUAGAGAGACUCGCAGACUUACAGACGUCUUUCUUCUACGUGAACCAUAGCAAAAUGCAGUAAUUCGUUCGUUGCAUCCACUUAAAACUACCUUCGUAGAUCGCUGUCAAUCGACAUAGUCGAGACCGACAGAACGGCGUUGUUUCGUGGAAUAUCAUACGUAGCAAAAGAACGCACCUACUUCAUUCUUCCGUCUUUGGUACGCAUUACCAUCUGCGGACAGAUCUAGGCCAUCUGCACAUAGGUACAAUGGUUGCUAACCGUAUGGUAAAAUAUUGGGCUUCCGUUGUAUGCAGUUCCAUUCCUGAACUAAAGCUAUUGUCGUAAAUAAAUAAUGGGUUGUCUGCGCGUGUUGAUUAACCCACCAUUAAUUAGCCAGCCAUGUAACCCAUUUUUGGCUUGGUUAUGAGACUCAUUCUUUACGUAUAGCACUAUUUGUCACGAUGUCAUUAGAGUUGAUCGAUUUCGCACAGCUAGAUAAUUCGGAUUUGUCGGAUUGCAGUAUAAAAUAAUAACAAUAACAACACCGACAAGGAUAAGAAGUGCGGAUAAAGUUGGCCAAAGGCAGCAUCCGCGCCCGGCGCUGACGCACUAGCUCCACUAACGCACUUUAGGCUGUAUUCGCUGCAAGGAAGAGUAGGUGGAUAGCUAUGUACAGCGGUAGCUUUAUACGAGAGUUUACCAAGGCCAUUGAAGUAUUUAGUAGCAAGUGAGACGGUUGCUAAAAAUGCGUAACCUGGUAAGGAUAUAUGAACGUGAGAAUACAUCUUCUGAUCUUCGCGUCGUCAAGGUUACCCAACCAGUAAGAUAGCGAGCGGGCCAAACGUGCAAGACGGUAGUGGGCGUUCAGUAUGGACCCUAGGUACUAUGUCCACAUGGGUGCCUCUUAUUAAGUGGUGAAUCUCCGGCGUGUGCCGGCAAGAACUGUAUUUUGUCUCACAGGUUUGAAAAAGAGCUACACGAGUAGGGCGUAUUGCGCGUCGUGCGUCCUGUCUGCAUACUAACGCCUACACAGGCCAGUAAUUAUAUUAGGAUGUUUACAAAGAGGAAUCGCUGCUGGUAGCAGUUUAGGUGUAACUAACGAGAUUAUUUGAACUUCACUACUUUAAGUAAUGCAGUUCAGCUGUAAAGCUGAAUUUAAAAUUAGAAGUGAGAGUUCAAUUUUGCUUUAGGGCAGGAAUCGGCAAGACUUUAACAAUGUUUAACUUUACAACGCACUGGUUUGGUGGCACAGUGCCGCAGAGUAGUUAAUCGUAUGGGCUAAAUAGUACAACAAAAGAGCAUGGUAGGAUUGAGUAUAACCCUAGAUUGAAAUCAAUGAAUGACAACAAAUCAGCAGCACAUAUGCUGAUUGAUUUAAAAAGAUUCAGAUUAUUGUAUGUCGAUUAUAACCAGAUCAUUUUAUUUCUAUCUCCGGUUAAAGCGUGCCCCAUGCCGGGAACAAUUGUCUCGUAGUGACGGCUAAGUCCAACGUAAUGCGAAAAAUCUCUUCGCUCCUCUUGCGUUACGGGAAAUUUCGAAAAACUUCGCCUACUCGCAAGUCUCAAGUGGACCUAACUCGCGGUCAGAAGGGGCGCCAUCCGGGGGCAUUACCGCGGGACGUUUGACCCCCUGAAAACCUACGAGCUAUGACGGUUCGCCGAACAAGAUGGCUGCAGGAAUAUUUCUUCGAUCCUAUUCGCGGCUCCGGUGCAUUCAACGGUUACACUGUUGGGUGUGGCUAUGUGGGGAGCACGCGACUCCGGCCAAGGACCUCUAGCAGCUCGGGAAGGCAAUGCCGGAGGACAUGAGUUCUGUUCACUUUGAACCACCCCACCGCAACCCCCAAUAAUGACGAUGCCCGCAAGCCGAUUGAGUAUGCUUCGUCUGAAGACAUUUUGGAUGAAUUGCGUGCCUGUACGAAAAGAGUUUAUUGUUGCAACCUGAUUGUUCUUCAUAUGCCGAACGGACCGAGCCGCUUGAAGUGCCCCGAUCGAAGUUGAGGUAAAGGGUUUAGGAACAGCGCGACGACGGAGAUCCCGAGUCGGCAGAACACCGGGGGCCUCGAGCGCGCUCAGCCGCAAAAUGACGACAGACAUUUCGAUACGAUGGGACCCUGCGUCUAAUCAGCCGCAGGAUGGUGUUGAGGACUACGAUUACGACGGGGGCAACUCCUCCUCGAGGCUCUUCGAACGCCAGCGAAUUAAAGCGCUCGCUGAAGAGCGUGAGGUUGUACAGACGAAAACGUUCUGCAAAUGGGUCAACUCGCAUCUCGUGCGAGCAAACUGCCGCAUCUCUGAUCUCAUGAUUGAUAUGCGGGACGGAAAGAUGCUCAUCAAGCUACUCGAGAUCUUGUCAGGCGAGCGUCUGCCACGACCCACCAAAGGUAAGAUGAAGAUUCAUUGUCUGGAGAACGUUGAAAAAGCACUGCAAUUUCUAAAAGAUCAGCGGGUGCAGUUUGAGAACUUGGGCGCACACGACGUGGUCGACGGCAAUCCACGCCUGACUCUCGGUCUUAUCUGGACCAUCAUUCUACGGUUCCAAAUUCAAGACAUCACUAUCGAACAGGUCGACAACCAAGAGACAAAGUCAGCCAAGGAUGCCCUUCUACUUUGGUGCCAGAUGAAGACCGCAGGCUAUCCAAAUGUGAACGUCAGAAAUUUCACCACCUCGUGGCGAGAUGGCCUAGCAUUUAAUGCUCUUAUCCAUAAACAUCGAUCGGAUCUUAUUCAUUUUGACAAAUUGUCGAAAUCAAAUGCCAUCUACAACUUGAAUAACGCGUUUAAUGUAGCCGAAGACAAGCUUGGUCUGACGAAGCUGCUUGAUGCUGAAGACGUGUUUGUGGAGCAGCCUGAUGAGAAGUCUAUUAUAACCUACGUGGUAACCUAUUACCACUAUUUCUCGAAGAUGAAGCAGGAUACCGUACAUGGACGUCGUAUCGGUAAAGCAGUUGGUAAUGCCAUGGAAAAUGAAGACCUUAUCGACAAAUACGAAAGGCUUACCUCCGAUUUGCUCAGGUGGAUCGAACAGACGAUCGCCAUUCUCGGCGAUCGAAACUUUGCCAACUCCCUCCAAGGCGUCCAACAGCAGCUGGCCCAGUUCAGCCAGUAUCGCACUGCUGAAAAGCCCAGCAAGUUUAUCGAGAAAAGCAACCUUGAGGUACUCCUGUUCACGAUACAGAGUAAGAUGCGGGCCAAUAAUCAAAAGCCCUAUCUGGCUAAGGAGGGCAAAAUGAUCUCUGACAUCAAUAAAGCCUGGGAGCAGCUAGAGAAGGCAGAGCACGAGCGCGAAUUAGCGCUCCGAGAGGAGCUUAUUCGUCAGGAGAAGCUCGAACAACUUGCGGCCCGAUUCGACCGUAAGGCCGGCAUGCGAGAAACAUGGCUCAGUGAGAAUCAGAGACUCGUGUCGCAGGAUAACUUUGGUGGAGAUCUCGCUUCGGUCGAGGCUGCUGCUAAGAAACAUGAAGCCAUCGAAACCGAUAUUCUCGCUUACGAGGAGCGUGUCCAGGCUGUUGUCGCGGUUGCGCAAGAGCUUGAGGCCGAAAACUAUCAUGAUAUUGAUCGUAUCAACGCACGUAAGAACAACGUUCUGCGAUUAUGGAACUUCCUACUUGAAUUACUGCGCGCUCGCCGGCAACGCCUUCAAGCCUGCAUCGGUCUGCAGCAGACAUUCCAGGAAAUUCUCUACAUUUUGGACGCGAUGGAGGACCUCAAAAAGUCUCUAACCACUACUGAUCUAGGAAAGCACCUUAUGAGUGUACAAGAUCUCCUCCAGAAGCAUUCGCUUGUCGAGGCCGACAUCAACGUGCUAGGAGAACGCGUCCGCUCUGUGGUAAACAAUUGCCAACGUUUCCUUGGUGACCAGGAGGGCGAUUUUCGUCCCGCGGAGCCCGACCAGGUACAGAAGCGUAUCAAUCAUCUGGAGAGUGCCUAUUCUGAGCUGAUGCAGCUGGCCUUGCAGCGCCGUCAACAACUCGAGCAAAGCAAGCGUCUUUGCCAAUUCUUCUGGGACAUGGCCGAGGAGGAAGCGUGGAUCAAGGAGAAAGAGCAGAUUCUUUCUUCCAUGGAGAUUGGUCACGAUCUCCACAUGGUCCACCUACUGAUUAGUAAGAACAAGGCGAUGGAGAACGAGCUCGCUAUGCAUGAACAGCAGCUAGUUAAUUGCAUCCAGUCCGGCAAGGAACUCAUCGCUGAGCAGCCGCCAGGCCAAACUGACAAAAUCGAACAGCGAAUCCAACAGGUUCAAGACUCGUGGGAUAAGCUCAAGGAACUUGAAGCACUUCGUGCCAAACGACUCAACCAGGCAGUGGCCUAUCACCAGUUCUUCACUGACGCGGACGACGUCGACACAUGGAUGUUGGAUACGUUGCGUGUCGUUUCAUCUGAAGACGUUGGUCGGGAUGAGGCUAAUGUGCAAUCGCUUCUGAAGAAGCACAAGGACGUCAACGAUGACCUGAAAAAAUACACUGCCGUUAUCGACCAACUACACCAACAGGCUGGCCAGCUUGGCGAGCAGUACCGCGAGUCGCCUGAGGUGCUCGAGAGACUCGGUAGCAUCGAUCGUCGUUACAAGGAACUGCUCGAGCUCGCUCAGCUGCGGAAGCAGCGGCUGCUCGACGCCCUCUCACUCUACAAGCUUUUCAACGAAGCCGAUGGUGUUGAGCAGUGGAUCGUCGAGAAGGAGAAGAUGCUCCAGAGCAUGCGCAUGACAAAGGACAUGGAGGACCUCGAGGUAAUGAAGCACCGCUUCCAGGGUUUCCAGGGUGAGAUGAACAACAAUGCGUCACGUGUGGCUGUUGUCAAGCAGCUGGCUAAGCAGCUGCUACAAGUGGAGCACCCGAACUCACACGAAAUUCAGCAGCGCCAGAACCAGCUCAACCAUCAAUGGGGAGUCUUGCGCCAGAUGGCCGAGAAGAAGCGCGACGAGAUUGACCAGGCUCAUGGCACACAGACGUUCUAUAUCGAGUGUCGCGAGACCAUUACCUGGAUAGAGGAGAAGACCAAACUCAUCCAGGCUACCGAGGACCUGGGCGACGAUCUUACUGGUAUUAUGACGCUACAGAGGCGACUCAGCGGCAUGGAGCGCGAUCUUGGUGCCAUACAGGCAAAGCUGGACUCGCUCGACAAGGAAGCCGACAGGAUCAAGGCUGAUCAGUCCGAGGAGGCGCAAACUAUUCAAGAAAAAAUUGUCCAGAUCCAACAUACCUGGGAGCAGCUCACCCAACUGCUCAAAGAGCGUGACGCCAAGCUGGAGGAGGCCGGCGACCUACACCGCUUUCUCCGCGACCUGGACCACUUCCAGGCAUGGCUUACAAAAACGCAAACAGACAUUGCCUCCGAAGAGAUACCCUCCGAUGUUACACAGGCCGAAAGACUGCUCUCGCAGCACCAGGCAAUCCGCGAUGAGAUUGAUAACUACACCGAGGAUUAUCACAAGAUGAUGGAGUACGGUGAACGCAUCACCCAGGGUCAAACUGACGAUCCGCAAUACAUGUUCCUGCGAGAACGUCUCAAGGCAUUGCAGGACGGCUGGAACGAGCUCAAACAGAUGUGGGAGAACCGUCAACAUCUACUAACGCAAAACGUACACUUGCAAAUUUUCCUUCGAGACGCUCGCCAAGCCGACAUCCUGCUCAACCAGCAAGACAAUGCACUGGCCAAAGAAGAAACGCCAGCCAAUCUCGAGCAGGUAGAGAACAUGCUUAAGCGGCAUGAGACACUGCUUACCACGAUGGACGCCAAUGAUGAGAAGAUUAAUGGUGUUGUGCAGUACGGCCGUUCUCUCUGUAAUGAGCGGCACUAUGGCGCAGAUAAAAUCGCGAAGAAGUGCGACGAGCUCAUCAAGAGACGCGAUCAGAACCGCCAGAAAGCAGCCCAGAAGAUGGACAGAAUCAAGGAUCAACUUAGCCUGCAGCAGAUCCUUCAAGACUGCGAGGAGUUUGGAAGCUGGGUACAAGAGAAGAAUAUUUUCGCUCAGGAUGAAACGUAUAGGUCAGCGAAGACUGUGCACAGUAAAUGGACUCGCCACCAAGCAUUCGAAGCCGAGGUCCAAUCUAAUAAGGAUCGCCUCUAUCAAGUAGAACAAGCUGCAAAAGCUUUGCUUGCUGAAAAACCCGAAUUAGCUCCUAUAAUCGAACCGAAGCUUGCCGAACUAAACUCGCAGUUUGAAAAUCUCGAGGAAACUACCCGCGACAAGGGCGUUAAACUAUUCGACGCUAAUCGGCAAGUCCUUUAUGAACAAACUUGCGAUGAUAUCGACACUUGGAUCACCGAUCUCGAGAACCAGGUGCUUACCGCCGAAACCGGGCAGGAUCUGACCUCGGUAAAUCUGAUCCUACAGAGACAGCAGGCUAUUGAAGACCAGAUGGCGCAGAAGGCCAGACAGGUGGAUGAAUUAGAAAACCAGGCCGACUACCUGCAAAAGAUGGAUCCCGAAAAGACCGACGAGAUUAAAGCUAAGAAAGCCCAAGUCGAGGAGAGAUUCGCGAAGCUCAAGCAACCACUUAUCGAGCGGAAGCAACAGAUUCUCCGCAAAAAAGAGGCAUUCCAGUUCCGGCGUGACAUCGAAGAUGAGAAGCUGUGGAUCGCUGAGAAGAUGCCUCUGGCCACCAGCGAUGAUCUGGGCAAUUCGCUUUUCUCCGUUCAGAUGCUCAAGAAAAAGCAGCAGAGCUUAAAGAAUGAAAUCGAUAACCAUCAGCCUCGAAUCGAUACGAUCGUCUCAAACGGUCGAAAACUCAUUGGUGAAGGUCACGAGGACUCGGCGGAGUUCGAAGGACUUAUUGAGGAACUUUUGCAGCGAUGGAGGGAACUCCAGGACGCUAUCGAAAAACGCAAGCAGAGGCUGCUCGAAUCAGAGAAGGCUCAACAAUACUAUUUUGAUGCGUGCGAAGCUGAGGUCUGGAUGAGCGAACAGGAGCUGUACAUGAUGGUUGAAGAUAAGGGCAAGGAUGAGAUCAGUGCACACAAUCUCAUGAAGAAACAGGCCAACCUUGAACAGGCAGUUGAAGAUUACGCAGCGACAGUUCGUGCGCUCGGAGAGACGGCGUCGCGGUUGAUUGCCGAAAAGCACCCGCAGUCUGAACAGAUUGCGGUAAGACAAUCGAAGGUAGACAAGUUAUAUGCUGGCCUUAAAGAUCUGGCCGGAGAGCGACGAGGUAAACUUAACGAGGCCCUGAAGCUGUUCGGUUUGAGUAGGGACAUCGACGACCUAAUGCAAUGGAUCGCAGAACGCGAGGUUGUUGCCGGCUCUCAGGAACUGGGUCAAGAUUACGAACACGUGACCAACCUCAGGGAACGUUUCAAGGCCUUUCGGGAUGAGACCCUCGCCAGCGGUAACGAAAGAGUGGAUAAAGCUAACGUUCAAUGCGACCAGCAAAUUAAUCAGGGCCACUCAGACAGCGCAACGAUUGCGCAAUGGAAAGACUCGGUCAAUGAGGCAUGGGCCGACCUCCAAGAACUCAUGGAGACCCGAUCACAGGUUCUCAAGGCUUUCUGGGAGCUGCACAAGUGGUUCCACGACUGCCGUGAUGUGCUGAGCCGUAUCGUAGAGAAGCAGCAGUGCCUGUCGGAUGAGCUGGGCCGGGACGCGAUCUCGGUGCAGCGGCUGCAGAGGAGGCAUCUGAACUUCGAGAACGACCUGCAAACCCUUGGCUCCAACGUACAACAGAUUCAGGCCGAGGGGGCGCGGCUCCAAGCGGCGUUUGCGGGCGAGAGAGAGCGCGAGAUUGUUGCCAGAGAGCACGAAGUUGCACAGGCGUGGCAAAAGCUGCUUAGCAUGUGCGAAGCGAGACGAGGCAAACUAUCGGAUACCGGAGACCUGUUUAGGUUCCUGCACAUGUGUCGUGACCUUCAGCUUUGGAUGGAGGAUAUUGUCAGACAGAUGAACACGUCAGAGAAACCAAGGGACGUAUCGGGUGUGGAGCUGCUGAUGAACAACCACCAGAGUUUGAAGGCGGAGAUCGACGCGCGCGAAGACAACAUGCAAGCUUGCGUUACACUUGGGCAGGAGCUGCUCGCCAGGAACCACUAUGCCUCGGGAGAGAUUAAGGAGAAGCUGUUGGCCCUGACCAAUCAACGAUCAGCAAUGAUGGAUCGAUGGGAAGAACGCUGGGAGCACUUGCAGCUCAUUCUUGAGGUGUACCAGUUUGCUCGAGACGCCGCAGUGGCGGAAGCGUGGCUGAUAGCACAAGAACCAUACCUGCUCAGCCGGGAGUUGGGCCAUACAAUCGAUGAAGUCGACCAACUCAUAAAGAAACACGAAUCGUUCGAGAAAUCCGCGGCUGCCCAAGAAGAGCGCUUCACUGCCCUUGAACGAUUGACAACGCCGGAGGUUCUACAUUACACCGGGUCGCUCUUCGACUAUGUGGCAUUCCGUGAGCUUGAUAUGCAUAUGAAGCGGUCGAGCUAUUACAACGUCGGAAACUUUGAGUUGAAGGAGCAGAGGCGACUACAAGAAGAUCGAGACCGACGACUGCGUGAAGAGCAACGCGAGGCCGAAGAACGAGCCGCCGCUGAAAAAGCCCGUGCCGAGAAGGAUACCACGGAUGCUGCGAAAGCUCGCGCCGCCGAGCAGGCGAAGCUGGAACAGCGAGUCGCGGCAGCCUCUCUCGGAGCGACCGCGGGCACUGCUGGAAGUCAGGAUGAGUACCUUCAAGAGGGCGCGUUGAUGCGUAAACAGGAAUGGGAAUCAACAACAAAGAAAGCUGCAAACCGUUCAUGGGAAAAGGUCUACCUAGGCCUAAAGGCCAGCCCGGCUGUCCAGCAAAUAGGUUGCUAUAAGGACGCCAAACACAUGAAGGCUGAACCGUUCAACUAUUUCAAGGGUGAGCAGCCGAUCGUUCUAACACAGGCCUCCGUCGAAGUUGCGUCGGACUACAAAAAGAAGAAGCACGUAUUCCGUCUGAAGUGUCAGAACGGUGCAGAGUUCCUGUUCCAAGCAAAGGACGACGACGAGAUGAACAUCUGGCUUGGUAACCUCCGAAAAGCCAUUUCGUUGUCUGGCGGAUUUGGUGGGAGCUCUUCCAGCAAGUCGCAAACGAUGCCCGCCGGGCAAAGUGCCGAUGAGCAGCAACGCAAAAAGGGAGGUUUCCUCACAUUCAAGCGCACGUAACUGUGCGAAACUCUCUUAAAGAACUAACACACUGCCCCGGAAGUUGAAGGAAUAAGCUGAGAAAGUUAUUAACGACGAAUAGAGAAGAGUUCGAGUAAACGCCAUUGACGACAUAUACACACACCAAUAAUUAUGCUAAUGAUGAAGAUUAUAAUAGAGGUAAUUAUUGAGAAACAGAAUUAUCUACGAAAAUAGAGAUGAUAAUGAUAGACAUAAGGAGAAUCAUGAAUUGAGGACACACUGAACUAGCAGUGACUGCGUAAGUUGAAUGAUGGAUCGCACCCGGCGUUAGAAGUCACAGCAAAAGAAAUAGCGGUAGUGUCGCCGAUACAACGCUGAGCAUGACAUGGUAUAACUUUUUGGUCAGAAUUAUUGUAACUGGUUGUCCAAAACGGUACUGGUGGCUAAAAACCCUUUCUCUCCCAUGUAACCAAUCUAUGCUAUCCCGGUGCGUACUCCAGCAAUGGAAAUAGAAUGCAAUGUAAAACAAAACAGCCAGAGUUACGUGUCCCAUUCCCUAUCGCUGGGUCUCCGAAAAUUGUUACACGCGUGUGAUUGCAUCACCACAACCCGGUACCGAAACAAGUGGACUAGCGAAGUUGAUGAAACCAUGGACCGAUCGAGGUUUGCCGCCUUGAAAACGUUUAUGGAGAAAAUGUUCGUGUUGUCCAUCGGUGCUGGGUGGGUAAAGCAGAAGAGGACGGACAAAAAGAAAAUAUCCCCAAAAUAAAAUGAAAAAAUUGAAUUAUUACCAUAGAACAGUAAGCCAGUAGAGAAAGAAUACGUUCGAAAACGAGCGCCUACAAGAGAGUUUGAGAGCGAGAUUUAAAGAAAAAUAAUGUAGCAAAACAACAACAAGACGCAAGCUACUAAAAGCACGCAACAAUGGCGUAUUGGCGGAAACUAUGGGAAAUACUUGCCUACAUUUACAAUAUAUAUAUAUAUAUAUAUAUAUAUAUAUAUAUAUAUAAGAGCAGUAACGAUCCCAAUAUGAAGCAUUGCUGAUCACAUGUGUCGACAGCCCUGUUAAAGAAUGGUAUACACCCAGUAACAUGCACAUAAAGUGACAUAAAAUACAUUCGCAAUUCUAAUGAUGAUGAUAUAAAUUAAAAAAGAUGACCACGGAUCCUUCGAAGAACUGACUAAUUCACAUCACCAUUACAUUAUUACUACCAGCCCGGCCUUCUGAGGAUUGCUGCACGCGCUUCUACCAGUGAUAGAAAUGGUGGUCUCUGCAAAGGAUUAGUGGGAAGAAUCAUCCGUCAGUUGUCCGUUAUCCGCGACCGACAAAAACAUCAGAAACAGUUACUAACACAAGCUUACUUUUACGAUGACAACACAGCCCGGUUUACUAUUGUUUUUCUUUCAAAAGAGAACAUUGUUUUAAAAUUAACAAUUUUACUACAGUUCGAAGUGACACGAAGCUUUUAUCUUAUUAUUAAGAUGAAAAAAAAUCAUUGAGGAAUGGAUUACGACCGCGAUCAUUUAGAAAAUCAGCACAACGGUAAUGGAUAUCGUUACCAUUGAAGUCUGUGCUGCUGUAUACUACGCAUGCGUCGGAAAUGCACACUGCAGCUAUAAGCGUAACAAUUCACGAACAUAUAUAUAGAUGUUCUCUAUAAAACAUCUGGACAUGGCGGGAAGUUGACGAAAUUGUGGACAACGCUAAACACGGCUAUAUCUAUUGUAGAAGGAUAAUUCGAAUAGAACUAUGCGUCGCAUGCAUGGCGCAGCGCGCGUGUGUAGGCGCGAAUUUCGAAAAGAGGCAAAUAUCUAUCUGGCGGAUUUAUCAUAGAUAGGUACGUUUGGUUGCAGGAUGGUGACCGUUUAAAGAGAGCGCGUUCUUCGAACGCGAUACGUACAGGGGUCCAUUCUGUGCACCCUGACUAAUAAUGACAACAUUAUUGGCUUGCGGUAUACAAGAUUCGAUUGAAACUGCCUUUCAAUGUAGGCCACUACAUUAAGACUGAAUAUAUUUUUAUUCCUAUUACUAUUAUUUAUGAGUAUUAUUAAUCUUGUAAUGAGAGUAAUAUUAAUAAAUCUGCUAUUAUUAGAAUGACAACUUUGCUUCAUAAAUGGGCAAACGUAACGAUGAGGCCGUGGUACUACGCCGACAUUGGGCUUUUCUCGUGGCAAAGUUCGCUCGAUUCAGCGGGUUAGAGUAUGCGAACAUUCUAACAACGACGAAACGUCAACGCGUCUUAAUGUGACCCUGUUUUUCCUGUAGAUUUGUGCAAUCUAGAACGAGGACACUGCUACAAAUCUCCAAAAACGAACCAUUCACAACUACCACACAACAGCGUAAUCUGAAAAUUAGGCCAAUCAACAACGUAAUAACUCAUAUUAAUUAUAUAUAUAUAUAUAUAUAUAUAUAUAUAAAUAAUUGAAUAAUAUCUAUUAGUGCCUUUUACAAGAAUACUAGGGUAACCAUUAACAUCAACAGCAGUUUCCAUUGCUUGAGAGAAUCCCACAUUGGUCACAAGCAAGCGCUUAAAAACAAACCAUUAAAAGCAGCAGACGGAAAACCCAUUCCACGUCAGCCAACUCGACAUUUCUGUUACGCGUGAGGAUAGUAAUAGUUACGAGUCGAGACGUGGCUGAUAAGGGUAAAUCGACGAGCGGCAAUAGAACACAGAUGCCAAGAAAGUAUAGCGAAAUUGUUACGUAUGCCAUUUAUAUACAUUGAAAUAGAGAGAGAGAGGAGAGAGAGAGAGAGAGAGAAUAUAUGAACACGGAAGCCAUACAGAGAGAGUCGUAACAUAGUACCACGAUAACAGAAAUGACAAUAUUCCCUUUCUCUCCCCGUAAAAUGUGUCUGUUAAUUAGCAGCUGAUGAGCGCUUGCAUAGAUAAGGCUUUACCCACGAGAAAAAUUUUUGAUUUUCCGCGUAAGUUUAGUUCAGCUUGCCUCGAACUGCAGAUACUAGAAGGCCAAUAUGACUAGGCCCACUGUUAUUAGUAGUUUCUUGAUGGCAGCAAAAAGAUGCCGACUAUCAUUCCGCAUACGUUCGCGAUACGCCGCAUCUGCCAGAAAAAUAGUUUAGAAUUUUAUCUUUAUGCGGUUUAUUUAAGAAUAAGCCUUAUAAAGUAAUUAUGUGUAUAACAUUCAGUGAACACUGGCUGUACUCCGGCCCACAAUAGAGUUGACAGAGAAUGUCCUUCAAUUUGCCUGACGGUGUCCUGGACCCAGUAGUGUUGUCGGAGAUAGGAUGUCGACAGUUCCGCUCGGUUAGGAAAAACUUCGAUGUAUGCUGCUCCUACCAAAUUUUCCAUUCUGGGUAUUGUCAGCUGUGUGACUGUGUUCAAAUAUGACUGAAUUAUUCGGGCAAAAGAUCAAUCGGAGUCUUUCGUUCUUCGUUGAGGCCGAAUCGAACCAGACCCCUAGCUCACAUAUGGUCAGGGGCCGAUCAUCACAGCAGGUCCCUCGGUCUGCACUGCCGUCCCAUACAACCUGCGGUGAGACAGAAAGAGCACAGCAGAGAGCUAGCGCAAAAAUUAAAAAAAAACGCUCCAGAUUGAUGGACCGCUUGGGUGACCCAACAUUCUUUCCACUUGACAUAAUAAACGGCUAAAGAGAUUCGUGCAGAAUCUACAAAACUGACCGUUGUUUUUGCAAACAGGCCGUUGCUUAGAGCAAUUUUCAGCAUAAAUUGACGUGAUGGCAACAAAUGACGUUAAUUCUAAACGACAAAAGCGUAGAGUACACGUAUGCACACAGAUGCUUGAUAACAAAGCGGGAAUAACAAUAACGGCAUAAUGAGUUGCAAAAAAAAAACAGUUAAGUGCGUAUCGGGGUCUCGUUCUGAAGCAUCUAACAAAGAAAUACUGUAUGCGGAUAAAACUUUUACGGUUAGUGAACGAAGGCCUGAAUAUUAAUCGCCUAAAAUGUCACCUAACGCGCGCUAAGUUUGCGUCUGGGAAAGGCCCAUGGAACCAAUAAGAUGAAAGUGCUUUACCUCAUCAAUAAACCGAAUAGACAAUAACUAUAUACGUACAACGAUAGCAACAACCUUAUAGCAAAUCAAAGCCUACACAAAUAAAGCAGAUUUACUAAAAUAGUAUCAAUACGUUAUUAUAUCUUCCUCUACCGAUAAAAAUUGCUUUUAAAUGUUAUUACUAUUUGUAUUUAUUCGUACAACAGCGUAUUAUAUAUAUAUAUAUAUAUAUAAUGAGAAACAAAUUCGAAUCAAGCACUUGAUAUUAGAUAUAAAAAGCAUACUACUACCACUGCUGAGGAUUAUAAUGUUGAUUGUGUUAAACAGAGUAGAAAUAUUGUAAGGAAAAUCGUGUCUAUCCAUGAAAAAUGCUUAAGCAAAACAUCAACACUGAUAUCACCCUAAAUAAUCAAUUGCACGCGACAUUUGUCUCGCGAAGUUAGCGGUAUAUAUUGCUGAAGCCGAGGCAGCGCAACUCGAAGGCCAUUUUGAGGUGCUACUGCGCGACAACACGCACGCCACGAAAAAAUAAUAUGACGUGACAAACUGUGUCACGAAGCACAGACAUAUUGGCGCUUCAUAGUCACCGAGCCAGAAAAUAUGACGUUUCUGCUGGCAGUAAUAAUGCUAUAUAUAAAGCACCUACAGAUAAAACUGUCUAUACCGUUCAUGCUAUCGGAAAAUAUAGGCGCGCUAAGAUCAUUUAAUGUCACUUAUGUAUACGAAGGAUUAUGACAAUUUUUUCGCACAGGGAACACAAGUGAAGUACAAUAAUAAAAUUAACAAAUACGAAAUGUUUAUUGAGAGAAUGACAAAAAAACGCGAGGCGGAACGCAAGACAUCAACUCGAUGUAAAGAAAACAGUAACAACAGUUAUUAGUAUUAUAAAGCAAAAAAAAAAAAAAAAA